AUGGAAACUCAGGACUUGAGGGAUUCUGAGAGUUUGCAGUUAGAUUCUGAUGUUGGUGAAGCUUUGAUUGAUGAUGUGUCUGCUUGUUAUAUAGAGGAUGGCUUCUUUGGUGGUAUAUGCCUAGAAGAAGUGGAGGGUUUUAUUUCCAUAAGCUUUCGUGAGGCAUUUACCUACAAGAUGUUCUGA